AACCUUUGACAUCUUUGAACUUCAUUCUCUAAGCUCUUGGUUCUCGGCGCUAAACUCUUGACCAUCCAUAACCUUUCUCCAAAAUGGUACGCAAGCUCAAGCAUCACGAGCAAAAGCUCUUGAAAAAGCACGAUUUCAUUUCGUACAAACAAGAAAACAGCAACCGGUCACAAGUUAUCCGGCGCUAUCUCAUCCAAAAAACGGAAGAUUAUGACAAGUUAAACAGAAUAUGCGGAUCCCUCCGCCAGCUCGCCCACCGCCUCAGCCUCCUCCCGCCCGAUUCCCCCGUGCGCCUGAAGAUCGAGAGGCUGCUCCUCGACAAGCUGUACGACAUGGGCGUCCUCUCGCAGGCGUCGCGGCUGUCCGAGGUGGAGCACAAGGCGACCGUGUCCGCGUUCGCGCGCCGCCGGCUCGCCGUCGUGCUGACGCGGCUGCGCAUGGCCGAGACGGUCCGCGCCGCCACGUCCUUCAUCGAGUCGGGCGAGGUCCGGCUGGGCGUCGAGACCGUCACCGACCCAGCGCUUCUGGUCACGAGGAACAUGGAGGACUACGUCACCUGGACGGCCGGGAGCAAGAUCAAGCGGAACAUCAUGAAGUAUCGGGACCAGUACGACGACUUCGAACUGCUAUGAGGGGGCGGUCUCUUCAGGCAGAGACGGACGUUAACAGGGCCCUUGUCCCUGCUCUGCUCCGAUUUACAACCUGCCGGCCCGUUAUCCAGCCGUUUGUGCCAUGUUUGCGCUAGAAAGCGGCUUCUGGCGCUAUCGUCUGUAUUGGGGGUGGCGAGAGGCGAUCGACACCAUAUGCUGUGUCUCCCUCUGACAAAUCAGCACUGCGCCAGACCUAUUUGGAUUGUGGAUGGCUGCGAAUUCAGAUCUUGUCAACUUCCAGGCUAGAUGCUGCGUGCUGUGCGGACCACGCUAAGAUGGGGUUGGUAGGACGUGUGUACGCCAAGUGGACACGUUUCGCUUUCUUGGAUGGUCUGAGAUACGGGGUUGGACGUGGAUCUGAAU